AUGGUGCAGCAGCAGCACCACGGUCAAAAUCAGCAGUGGAUUCAGCAGCAGCAGCAGCAGCAGCAGCAGCAGCAGCAGCAGCAGCAGCAGCAGCAGCAGCAGCAGCAGCAGCAACAACCGCAGCAGCAGAACGGCGCGCACGGUGUACCGCAGCAGCAGCAGCAGCAGCAGCAGCAGCAGCAGCAUUGCUAUGGGGUGCAGCAGCCGCCUCGCGCGCAAGAGCAGCCGCCGAGCUACUGGCAGCAGCAGCCCCCACAGCUACAACAGCCCCAGCAGCAGCAGCAGCAGCAACAGCAGCAGCCUCAACAGCAGCCGCAGCAGGCAGGCAUGCGGCCAGAGGACUUUGUUCCAAGGUGCCCAUACGCGGCGUGCCCCGGCAUCUUCACUUUCUGUGGCGCGCGGCUGCGUUGGGUGCGGCGCGGCGCUGGCGGCCACGGCUUCUGGGGGUGCAGCAGCUUCCCAGCCUGUGAUUACAAGUACUACCCGGCCCAGCAGGUGGACAGCCCCCAGGUCGCCCUGGAGGUGGUCAAUGAGACAGCCUUCAGGGUCGUGCCGCAGCCAGCUGCCGAAGUGGCCGUGCGCAAGGCAGGUGGGCUGCGCUGCGCGCUGCUGCGCGGCGGUGUGGACCUGGGGCUGGCGCUCAGCCCCUCGCAGGUGGCGGAGCUGACGGGGCGGCAGCUGCUGCCAGCCCUGGUGCAGGUGCAGCAGCAGCGGCAGCAGCAGCAGCAGCAGCAGCAGCAGCAGCAGCAGCAGCAGCAGCAGCAGCAGCAGGUAGUCCAGCUGCAGCAGCAUCAGCUAGAUGAGGAGCAGGAGCAGGGAAAGCAGCAGGGGCGUGUCAAAGGGCACAAGGAGCAGCAGGAGCAAGAGCAGAGGGGCCAGGAGGGCCCAGGCCUGGUGGAGCCACCGUUGCAGCAUCGCACGGAGCAGGAGGGCAAGCGGCAGGACUGCAAGCAUGCACCCAAGCAGGCGGAGGCACAGGAGGAGCAGGCUCAGCCAGCGGCUGCGCCCGCCGCGCCUGCCUCCAAGCCUGCAUCUGAGCCAGCGGCCAUCCGUGCCUACUGGGGCAUGGGCCCAACGGAUGGCGAAAACGACGGCAUCGCCAGAGUCAGGGGCGCCGCGAUUGAGCCGGCCGCCGAAGCGGCCGACAGCGACGCUUUGCACGGCGGUGGUGGGGGGCUGGAAGCCGCCACGCAGCUGCCGUCGUUUGAGUGGUCGCCUGAUGAGGAGGUGUACUUCCGGCUGCAGCACUACGAACCCAUCGUCCAAGCCCUCAUGCAGGCCAAGCCACCCCUCCUCUCCCGCGGCAGCGCCGUCCCCGGCCGCACCCUCGCCGCGUUCCGCGGCGCCGCGUGCCCCCGCGCGCCGCCGGCCGAGGUCGCCGCGCGGCUGGCGGCGAUGCCGGCGUCGCUGGCGGCCGUGCUCCUACCCUUCCAGAGGGAGGGCGUGCGGUUCGGCCUGGAGCGCGGGGGGCGCUGCUUGAUUGCGGACGAGAUGGGGGUCGGGAAGACGCUGCAGGCCAUCGCGCUCGCAUCCUGUUACGAGGUGCGCAGCAUGGGGCUGCAUCCCAGCUCGGCGGUGGCGUUGAUGCCGAGCUCGGUGCCAGGGGUUUUCGUGGCAGAGCGGUUAUGGGGCAUGGCCGUUGUCGCCAGCUAG